UUUAGAGAGAGAAUCCCUCCUGUCUUCCAAAGACUGUGUUCACAUUUCAUACCAGUGGUAUUCACUAAAGAAUUACCACCAUUGGAACGGAUCCCUUUGCUGUGAAUGCUGCUAUGGUGGGCUGCCUUCUCCAUGUGAAGUGAGCCUGAGAAGGAGACAUUGAGAAGAGAUGAGUAGAAAGGAGGGAUGCCCCAGCACCAUGUGUUAUGAUGAAACCCACCUGGCAGAUGGCCUUUAGCAGAAAGUUUCUGUAGCUCAUGCAAUAAAUGGCUGAGAAAGCAGAUGUAAUACCAAGAGAUGAAAAGGAGAUCCAAAAUAACAGUGAGGAAGACCCAUUUCCCACUUGUGAUGUUGUAACAGCAUCCCCUGGUUGCCCUGCCAGUCUGUUUUUGGCCAGCCUUAAUGAAGACAAGGGAAGUUCAGUGGUGCCAGAAAGACUGUCUGUCCUCUCUAGCAAGGCUGUGGCCCAAGCAAAAUCCCUUGCCGGCCCAGAUAUCAUCAGUGGCAGCCAGGCACAGAGCAGGGCCUCUGGGUUGGCAAAGUACCAGCUGACAGCUGUAAAUGCACCAGCAGAGGGCUCGUCGUACCCCUUGGCAGUCUGUAAACCUGUGGACAUUACUUUACUGUGCUCCAAAAGCCUCUGCUGCGACUGCAACCAGGAUUUGGAGGUACCACAUCCCCCUGAGGUGUCCAAGGUGGCUGGUGAGCCCCUCGAGGCAGUGAAGAACCUUGGGUGCUGCCACAUGCAGGGUGCCAGCACACAGUAUGCGGGGAGCGGCACUAAGGGCAUUGUGGCCCCUUGCAGUCUGGGCCUGGCCAUUUGGAUGAAGACCACAAAAGUAAUGAAGACUUUAGAAAAUAAGAAAAAGGAAGAAAAGGAGAAGUACCGGCUACAGCUAGCUAUGUACCGAAGACUUCUACUGUUGCGUUCGAUCAGGAGCUUGCACAAGCAGCUGGAGCAGCAGCAGGCCAGGUUGCAGGAAUGUUAUGGCAUGGUAAUAAAUACCAAGAAAGAAGUGUUGAAACACAUUCACUCAGCCUUGCCCUCACCUUCUCCAUAAUCAUGUUGCUGCAUGUAGAAAUGAGCUUUGUAAUGCCACUGGAGCAAUCAGUAAGCUUGCAUGCCAUGAGGUGGUGUCCUCCUAGCCAAGAGUAUGUGCCCACAUGUGUGGAGAACAGAAGCAGCAACAGCAGAACAAGAGAAAGGGGAAGGUAAAGCAUUGGCCCCUGAAUUUUUCUGCAGGAAGCUGAAAUAAGAUUGUAUCUGUGCAAGGUGAUGGCUGAUGCACACUUGAGGUCUUAAGCUGAAGCAGGAUAUAAAAAGUAAAUAAAUGUAUUAAAAAAGAAAAAAAAAAAGGAACCAAGUCUGACACAUGAUCAGUAAAGGUGAUCUGAUGCCAAAGCUGCAGCCCAUUAAAUAUGUCGUAUGGCAAAUCACCCUUGGACUUUCAGCAUUAAAGGAACUUCAGCAGAAUUGUUUUUUUGUCUCCUCAAGGAUACCCAAGCCUAGAAAGCCAGGAUAUUUGAAGAACUUAAGUUCAGGCUUGGUAUCUACCCAGCUGCCUGUUUUUCACAAAACUGCUAAGGCCAUUUUAUGCUUCUGACCUCUACCCUCCUAUAAAAUUUAUCUUGACCAGAAAUUAUUGCAGGAAGGUAGAACAGUCAAAUACACGUACAGAGAAGCAGCACAAUUGCCUAAGCCUUAUUUCCUUAGGAAAGCAAGCUAGAAACAAAGGCUUUAUAAUCCGACGUUACGUUAGAAGCCCAGACUGUCAGUGCCAGGGGAAUGUUCAAGGUCUGCACAAUUAGUAAUCUGCUGCUAAUUCCCAAUGGCGCUAGUGUCUGCAAAUCAAGCAUAUUUUGUGCCUUACUGCUGUCAUUUAAUGGAAGUUGGUUACAAUUAGCACUUUUUAUCCAGGUGUAUUAGACACUUGGAAAACCCUAGAGCAGUUUCUCCAAUUGCAAGGUUAGGAUGCCUGCAGGAAAUUUGAUGUCAGUAAGUAACAAACACACACAGGGAAAAUUAAAGAAGAAGGAUACAACUUUUUUGUUUGUUUGUUUGUUUGUUUGUAUGCAUU